AUGAACUGUAUGGCCGUGGCUCUCGAUCCACUAACCGACCACCACCGGUUCACACAGUUUAGCCGAUCUUCACAAAGAUGCAGACUCCAAUCUCUAACCAACUUCGACUUCAACUUUCUCGAUUUCAACACUAACCAAAAAACCAACCUCACAGCUUCCCACUCCUUGAACCACCGAAGCGUUUCCACUCCAUGCUUCUCCAUAGAUGGCAGUCUCAAAUCCCCUGCUGCUGCUCCUCCGCGUAUUGAGAUUCUCGGUGGCAAGAAAGUCCCCACUAUACGCUCCCUUGUAGCUGAAGUAACCAUAGCUAUGGUCUCCGGAGCUCAGCCUUUACUUUUACCGAGUGGUUUAGGAGGUGCUUAUCUCCUCCAAACCGGAAAAGGUCAGAGCAUUGCUGUUGCAAAGCCGGUUGAUGAAGAGCCUCUAGCUUUCAACAACCCUAAAGGCUCUGGUGGGUUGAUGCUAGGUCAACCGGGAUUAAAACGGUCUAUUAGGGUUGGUGAAUCCGGAAUCCGUGAAUUAGCUGCUUACCUUUUAGACCACCAAGGCUUCUCCAGCGUUCCACCAACCGCAUUGGUCAGAAUCUCACACGUUCCAUUCCAUGUCAGUGAUAAUGACACUACCUAUAAAGUUGCUUCGUUGCAACGUUUUGUGGGUCAUGACUUUGAUGCAGGAGAGCUUGGACCAGGAAGCUUCACGGUUGGGUCGGUUCACAGGAUUGGGAUUCUUGAUGUGAGGGUCUUGAACCUUGACAGACACGCUGGAAACAUGUUGGUGAAGAAGAUACAUGACCAAGAAGAUGAGAGUGGAGUUGGAGCAGCCGAGCUAGUGCCUAUAGAUCAUGGUCUUUGCUUACCUGAAUGCCUAGACGAUCCUUACUUCGAGUGGCUUAACUGGCCUCAAGCUUCGGUUCCGUUCACGGAGACUGAGCUUCAGUAUAUAUCAAGGCUUGACCCUUUCAAAGACGCAGAGGUUUUGAGAAGUGAGCUACGCUCUUUGCAGGAGUCUUCUUUAAGGGUUCUCAUCGUUUGCACUAUCUUCUUGAAAGAAGCUGCUGCUGCAGGGCUAUGUCUUGCAGAGAUAGGAGAGAAGAUGACUCGGGACAUGUGCGGAGGGGAAGAGAGUUCUAGUGUGUUGGAGAUCCUCUGCACCAAGGCAAAAGCAAGCGUGGUUGAUGGAACUGACGAUGAUGAUUAUAGUAGUGAAUGGAAUGAAGUUGAAGCUGAGCUAGAGUGUGCUAUCUUUCAGUUUGAUGAUGAUGAAUUUGAAGAUGUACAAUGCAAAGAGCUUCCAGAGACCAUUCACGUGUCUAAACAGCCUCUUUUUCCAUCAUUCUCUGCCAAUCUAUCUGUUCUCAUGAUGUGUUCGCCGAACCAGUGGAUUGCAAAGGACGUUAACAGAGAAGAAGAAUGGAAAGAUAGGAGUAUCGUGAGGAGUAAGAGCCAUCCGAUCUGUGUGAAUCAUGAAGAAACAGAAGGUGUUUCUUUCGGUGACAUGAGUGAAGAUGAAUGGGAGAUGUUCUUGCAGAGUUUCCAGAUGCUUUUGCCAGAAGCACUUGAAGGAUCAACAAGCAAAGGACCAAAGCCAAGAUUUGGAUCUUCUUGCAAGUUCUGA